CUUUUCUGAGAACACAGACCGCCUGACUCAGGCAGGCAGCUGCGGCUCUUAAAACAGCGCGGCCCCGCACGCGUCCCUGCAGGGGUGAGCGCCGCCGCCGCCAUGAAGCCAGCCAGCUGGUGCUGGCUGAGCUCGGCUGUCCUUGCUGCUUACGGCUUGUUGGUUGUGGCAAACAAUGAAACGGAGGAAAUUAAAGAUGAAACGGCCAGGGAUGCCUGCCCGGUGCGACUAGAAAGCAGAGGGAAAUGCGAGGAGGGCGGCCAAUGCCCCUACCAGGUGAGCCUGCCCCCGUUGACGAUUCAGCUCCCCAGGCAGUUCGGCAGGAUCGAGGAGGUGUUCAAGGAAGUCCAGAACCUCAAGGAAAUGGUAAAUAGCCUGAAGAAAUCUUGCCAGGACUGCAAAUUGCAAGCUGACGACAGCCGGGACCCGGGCAGAAAUGGACUGCUGUCACCUAGCCCGGGAUCCCAGGGAGAAGCCGAUGACAACAGAGUUCAAGAAUUAGAGAGUGAGGUGAACAAGCUGUCCUCUGACCUAAAGAAUGCAAAGGAGGAGAUCGACUUGCUUCAGGGUCGCCUGGAGAAGCUCAAUCUUGUAAAUAUGAACAACAUAGAAAAUUAUGUUGAUAGCAAAGUGGCAAAUCUAACUUCGGUUGUCAAUAGUUUGGAUGGCAAGUGUUCGUCUAAGUGUCCCAUUCAAGAACAAAUACAGUCACGUCCAGUUCAACAUCUGAUAUAUAAAGAUUGCUCUGACUACUACACAAUAGGCAAAAGAAGCAGUGAUCUCUACAGAGUUACACCGGAUCCCAAAAAUAGUAGCUUCGAAGUUUUCUGUGACAUGGAGACCAUGGGGGGAGGCUGGACAGUGCUGCAGGCCCGUGUCGACGGAAGCAUCAACUUCACCAGAAUGUGGCGAGACUACAAAGUAGGCUUUGGAAACCUCAGAAGAGAAUUUUGGUUGGGGAACGAUAAAAUUCAUCUUCUGACUAAGAGUAAGGAAAUGAUUCUAAGAAUAGAUCUUGAAGACUUCAACGGUGUCAAACUCUAUGCCUUGUAUGAUCAGUUUUAUGUGGCUAGUGAGUUUCUCAGAUACCGUUUACACAUCGGUAACUAUAAUGGCACCGCUGGAGAUGCCCUACAUUUCAGUAAACAUUACAACCAUGAUCUGAAGUUCUUCACCACCCCAGACAGGGACAAUGAUCGAUAUCCCUCUGGGAACUGUGGGCUCUAUUACAGUUCAGGCUGGUGGUUUGAUGCAUGUCUUUCUGCAAACUUAAAUGGCAAAUAUUAUCACCAAAAAUACAGAGGUGUCCGUAAUGGGAUUUUCUGGGGCACCUGGCCUGGGAUAAGUGAGGCACAGCCUGGUGGCUACAAGUCCUCCUUCAAGGAGGCCAAAAUGAUGAUUAGACCCAAGCGCUUUAAGCCAUGAAUCACUCGUGCUCCUUCCUCUGAGUAUUCAUUACCUAAUAGGGCAAUUAAUUCCUUUAGCACUUUGGAAUAUGUUUCAUACUCCUUUUCUAUGACUACAAAUUUAUCUCUAAGCAGUGGGUUCUUAUGCUACACAGCAUUUGAAAUAAAGCUGAAAAAAUACACAUUUUAAAGGAGUUCUUUGUUGCUGUUAUACUGUUAUCCAAAUGAAUACUUGCAAAGCAAGUGGGAUUAUUGAGAAUUACACAAGUCGGUUUAUGAUUAUCUUAAUUUCUA